CCCAACACCAAUUCUACAAUCAACCUCCCUCACCCAUUUUCAUGGAAUCCUUAAACCUUUUCUCUGCAUUUCGAUCGAAGCCAAAAACAAGAUUCUCCACUUUUUGGCGCCAAGCUCUUCAAGGCCAAACCGUCAAAGAUCGAUCAGAAAGCUCAGAAUCCAUCGAUCUGUAUGAACCGAACCAGAAUCAUGAGAAACUGCUGUCUACAGGCCAAAGUUAUGAAUAAACAGGUUUUGAAACCAACUUUUUCUUUCUCUGCUCAUGAGGAACUGCCUAGCUUUUCUGCUUGUACAAGUCAAGAAUGCUCAAGCAAUGAACAUUGAGAAGGUUAUUCAAGAAGCUCUAAAUUGUAAGCCUCGUUUUUUCUGAUGCAUUUCAGACAUUAUAUGUCCUCUUUCUUCCCUAUCUUUGCCCAAAACUGGCCUCCUCAGGGUCUUUGAGCCACUUCCAUAUGCAGUUUUCCUCUGACUUUCUUUGAGAUAGCCCCCGCUUCGUUCUUCGAAGUACGUGAUCGAUUGCUUGGAGAACUCGAUUUCGAUCAUCUGGAUCUUGAUGAACAUAAGAAAAAUGGCAGACAGUGACAUUGAUUUUCUAGCAGAAACAGAUUCACCUCUUGGACUGGGUGAAUCUGGGAAGCCUAUACCGAGCUCACCUCGAGUGUUGUCGAUUCUUUCCUCUGUUUUCGAGAGGUCGAUUCAGAAAAAUGAAAAGUUAUUGAAAAAACUCAAAACGAAAGACAACGUUACGGUUUUCCAUGGUUCCCGAGCACCGACCAUGGGCAUUGGACAAUAUAUUGAUCGUAUCUCGAAGUAUACAUGUUGUGGCACUCCUUGCUUAGUUGUUGCCUACAUAUACAUUGAAAGAUAUCUUCAAAAGAUGGAUGCUUACCUUACUUCUUUGAACGUCCAUCGCCUUCUGAUCACCAGCAUCAUGGUUGCAGCGAAAUUUAACGAUGCCGGGUGCCAUAACAACACUUUCUUUGCCAAAGUAGGAGGAGUGAGCACAAAAGAAAUGAACAGAAUGGAGAUAGAAUUUCUGUCCAAUUUGGACUUCAGACUUCAUGUCACUGCAGAUGCUUUCAGAGCUCAUUGUUUGCAGCUCCAAAAGGAAGGUUUUGGGGAGAACCCGAUCGAUCAUCGACCCGUUAACAGAACUCGAGCUAAAUGUUUACCUCAAAUUGCAGGCUAUACUUGCAGAGCCGUUUAAACAUUCGAAAGGAAAUCUAUCUUCCUUAGCUUUCUUGGUUAGUUAGUAUUGAACCUAAGCUCCAAUUUUAAGCCAAACCCAGAAAGUAGAAUGUUUGGAAGAGGACAUAGUAUUGUAGAGAUUCAAUGGAAAAUGUUUCUUAUGAACUGCAAAAUCUUAUCAUUUAAUGAUAUGAUUAAUUUAUUUUGAG